AUGCUGGCCGAUUCGAACCACUCCGACACGGCCGCCGUGCUGCUCGGCCUCAGCAGCGGCACGGCGCAGUCCCCCUCCCGCGCCGCCGGGCCCUCGGCCGCUCAAAUAUCGCCGCGAGAGGCCAAGGCCUCCGCGUCUGGCAGCGCCGUGCAGUCCUAUGCUCUCCUCGCGGCGGCGAAAAGGCAGACGCAGGCGGCAGCGCUGCCGCGCAAGGAGUGGUCGCCGCACGAGGACGAGCUGAUCCGCCGCGGCGUGGAGCAGCUUGGCUGCCGAUGGCGCGUGGCGCUGGUCGCCGACAACUGGGCUCUCAUGCUGCAGCGAUGCGGAAGCAAGCUCUCCACCGACGCGAGCCAGUUUGUCGCGACGAGGCUCUUCACCGCUGAUGGGUUCGAGAUCGAAGCUCUUGAGGAGGUUCGCGACGGCGAUUGCAUCGUCGUCUCCGGCGGCGAAGAGUUUUUUACAACAGAGGCACCGCCGCUCGUGAGCGGCGCAAGCUCUGUCUCUGCGCCAGACCACGGCACGUCUAGUGAAGCCACUGGGGAGGGACCACCGAUACAGACGGAGGCAAAGGUGACGGCGGCGGAGGUGGCGGUGGCGGAGGAGGCAAGUGAGGGAUACGGAGGGGCGGCUGGAGCGGCUGCAGAGAUCGAGGCGGACGAGGCGGGCGAGGCGGAGAACCACACCGAGUCGGAGGUCGAGGUGGAAGUGAAUGCGCCGGAUAACACGCCCGCCGGCCUCGAGGUGGAGUGCGCCGGCCAGGCCGACUCGAGCGACGACGAGAUGGAGAUUGAGGCGGAUGAGGCGGCGGAGGCGGAAGAGGCUGCGGCCCCGGCGGUGGUGGAGGCGGAGGCGGCAGGGGCUGCGGCUCUGGUGGCGGAGGCGGAGGGCUUGCGGCUGCACCUCUCGAGCAGCAGCAGCACCGGCUACAAGGGCGUGUCAAAGGGGGAGAGGGGCAACUCCGGCCGCUUCCGAGCGCAGACCUAUACGGGCGGGGAGACCUGUCACCUCGGCUUCUUCGACACGGCGGUGGAGGCGGCGGUGGCGUACGCGCGGGCGGUCGAUGUGGCGGCGGAGGCGGCGCCUGAGGAGGAGGAGGAGGAGGAGCCUGAGGAGGAGGCGGCGCCGGCGGAGGCGGAGGUGCAGGCGGUGCGGGCGCGGUCGAUCGGAGACCUCGCGGACUACCUCGCGCACUCUGGCGCCGCCGCCGAGCAGCGUAGCGGCUGGACUUGCAAGGCUUCCCUCGUCCAGACCAGCGAUCGCGGGCGGCGAUGGCGCGUCCGCUUCCAGCACCCUCAGCUCUUUGGAGCCAAGAGCCCGUGGGUGCAGUGCGACGCGUGCGGAAAGUGGCGCCGCCUCACGCCCGAGGCGCAGGCGGCGCUGCAGGACGACGCUCCGUGGUAUUGCUCGAGGGAAGACUCGAGGGCGGGGCACGAGGAGGGCGCGGCGGGCGCCGAGUCGGCGUGCGCGCGGCCGCAGAGCCCUCUUGACGAGGGCGAGCAGGAGAUGGGCGAGUUCCAGACGCCGCUCAAGAAGAAGAAGUCGGCCAGCGGCGAGGAGAAAGAGGCCGGGCCGCUCCAUGGACCGACGACGCGCCCUGGCGCCUGUCCUGGCGACGGCGGGGACUCGUCUCUAGGUCCGGCUGGUCCUCGACGAGGCGGACAGGCUGCAGGCGGACAGGCCGCAGGCGGACAGGCUGCAGGCGGACAGGCUGCAGUUGGGCAGGAGGCGGGCGGGCGGGAAGCGCGCGGGCAGGAGACGGGUGGGCCAUCGGCGGGCGAGGGGGCGGGCGAGGGGGCGGGCGAGGGGGCGGGCGAGGGGGCGGGCGCACGGGACGGUGCGCUGGGGUGCGGGCGGGCAGGCGGGCAGGGCAAGGCCGCAGAGCAGGGCGGACAGGUCGUGGGCGUGCGGUGCCAGCCCUUGCCUCCGGGGUGGGUGGCGCAGGAGCGGCAGGGGUCGGCGAGGACCUACCGCGUCUUCUACGGCCCCAACGGCGAAUACGCGGAGUCCGUGCCGCAGGCCUGGCGGGGCGGCCGCGAGAACCGGCACGGCCUGGCGGGGCGAGAGCUGGCCGAAGUCGCAAGCUUGUCUGGCGGCGGCGGAGGCGCCGACGCGGCGGGCGGCGUCGAGUCGAGCGGAGCGGGCGGCGCCUGCGGUGUGUCAGCGGCGGGCGCCGCAGCGCUUUGCAGGGCUGCAGCUCGGCGCCAGCGCUGCCGGGAGUGCGCCGCGUGCAGGGCUCCCGACUGCGGAGCGUGCUCCGCGUGCCGCGAUAUGACCAAGUACGGCGGCCCCGGCACCGCCAAGCAGUGCUGCGUCAACCGCCGCUGCCUCGGGCUGCGGCUCGCUCCGUCGAGCGCGACCUUCCGCUCGCCCGACGGGCGCGAGUUUGGCUCUGUCUCCGAGGUUGCGGCUCACUUCGGGCUGCUGCUGAGGCCGGCGCAGCUCUCGCGCUGCUGGGCGGAAUGCGACUUUUGCGGCGCGUGGCGUCGCGUGCGGGAGGAGCCCGCGCCGAGCGACCAGUUCCUCUGCGUCUUCGUGCACGAGGAGGAGGGCUGCGACGCCCCGGCCGACGCGCUUGAGGCGGGCGAGGAGGAUGUGCCCGCCGACGUGACCCCCUCCGAUGAGCCGGCGCCCAGCACGGAGGGGCUCCGCCGCUCGAGCCGCGCGCACCGAGCGGACGGGCUGCCGCGUCCAGCGGGGUCGGAGCUGGGCGGAGUGCACACUGACCAGGCGGGGCGGCACACGGCGCUCUGGUCUUCGACGCGGCGCUGCGAGCCGGGGGCGCGCGUCCUCGCGCAGUUCGGCUCCGGUGCCGACGAGCUCUGGUUCCCGGCGACAGUGCAGGCCGUCCACCGGAAUGACGUCUGCCAGUGGGUGGACGUCGCGUACGACGGCGGCGAGGUCGAGACCAGCAAGCCCAUCAAGCGCGUGCGGGCGCUAGGUAGGCAGGAUGUCGAGGAGACGGAGACCGUCGGCGGAGCUGCGGGCGGUCGCGACGGCGAGGGCGACGAGACGAAGGCCGACGAAGAGGAGUGCGAAGAGGGGAGGCCGCCGCGGUCGACACCACCGCCUGGCAAGGAGGCGGCGCCGCCGGAGAGAGGCCAGGGGGCGGCGAUUGCGGCGGUAGCGGCAGCGGCGGCAGUGUCGGCGGCAGCGGCAGCGGCGGCGGCGGCGGCGGCGGCGGCGGUCUCGGCAGCGCCGCUGGAGGAGGAAGAAGACGAGGAGGCUUCCGCGGUGGAGGGCCAACAGCACCAGCAGCUACUUGUGGUGCUCCAGGAGAUGCGGCUCCACACGUUCGGCUACGAGACGGCAUUCCGAGAGCACGGCUUUGCCGAUCCGCGCCGUUUCGCUGAGAUGAGCGACGACCACCUCUCUCAGCUUGCUCUGCAGGUUUUCGGGAAGAAGAGGAGCCCCACGGCAUUCCGAAAGUGCAAGCACUGCCCGGUGGGGUGCACGUGGAGGUCGAAGUGCAUGUUGGUCCCGCCAUCGCCGCCGACGCCGUCGCCCUCGUCCGCCUCGGAGGCGGAGGUCGUCGAGCGGGGCGUCUCGCCCGUCGCGAACCUGCCGCCGAACACGGCGUCGGCCGGCGCCGAGACGCCGGCAGCCGUGAUCAGGUCGGCGACCUUUCGGUCCCUGCAGGCCGCAUCAAUUUUGCCGCACCGGGACGGCUCGCUUGAGCUGCUGCAAGGCUGCCAGGCCGCCGCGCGCGACUGGUGCCACGCCGGCCACGCCGUCGCCGCCAUUGGCGUCGAGAAGGAGGGCGAGAAGGAGGGCGGGUGCGAGGGCGGGUGCGAGAAGGAGGGCGGGUGCGAGAAGGAGGGCGAGGGCGAGAAGGAGGGCGAGGGCGUGCGCGGCAGCUGCUGCCCCUCCCGGUGGCAGGACAGAUGCGCAGUCUCCCUGCUGCUGGACAUGCCGCUCGCGCUCGACAUGCCGCCCGACAUGGCGUCGGGCGAGCGCUCGCCGCGCCGCGCCACGCGAGCGCGGCGCCGCGCCUUGGUGCCUCCGCCCGCGCGCGGCGUUUGCGCGCCGUCAUGGUGA